AUGCCAAAGUUAGUUUUAGUCAGACACGGUCAAUCCGUUUGGAACGAAAAGAAUUUAUUUACUGGAUGGGUUGAUUGUCGUUUAUCAGAAACUGGUGAAAAAGAAGCCAAAAGAGCUGGUGAAUUAAUUAAAGAAGCUGGUAUUCAAUGUGAUAUUUUACAUACUUCUAAAUUAUCCCGUGCUAUUCAAACUGCUAAUAUUGCUUUAGAUGCUGCUGAUCAAUUAUAUAUCCCAGUCAAGAGAUCUUGGAGAUUAAAUGAAAGACAUUAUGGUGAUUUACAAGGUAAAGAUAAAGCUCAAACUUUAGAAAAAUAUGGUAAAGAAAAAUUCCAAACUUAUAGAAGAUCUUUUGAUGUUCCACCACCAGUUAUUUCUGCUGAUUCUGAAUUCACUCAAGUUGGUGAUGUUAGAUAUAGUGAUGUUGAUCCAGCUUGUGUUCCAAGAACCGAAUCUUUGAAAUUGGUCAUUGAUAGAUUAUUACCUUAUUGGCAAGAUGAAAUCAGUGCUGAUUUAUUAGCUGGUAAGACUGUUAUCAUUGCUGCUCAUGGUAAUUCUUUAAGAGCUUUAGUUAAACAUUUAGAUGGUAUUUCUGAUGAAGAAAUUGCUGGAUUAAAUAUCCCAACUGGUAUUCCAUUAGUUUAUGAAUUAGAUGAAGCCUUAAAGCCAACUAAACCAGCUUACUACUUGGACCCAGAAGCUGCUGCUGCCGGUGCUGCUGCUGUUGCUGCUCAAGGUCAAAAGAAGUAA